AUGGCGCGAAAAGACAGCGAACAACAACCUUCUGUUGGAGACACUUUCCUCAAUAAUGCUCGCAAAGGCCAAGUUUUUGAUGCCAUUACAACAUCCCUCACUAAUUGCCUCUCUGAAACUAACCUGCAUUUGAUAGUUCCUGCUCUCAAAUUGAAAAUUCGCGGCAAAGUUCAGGAUAUUUAUGAUAGCGGGGAUUAUAUUGUGUUGGUUACUACUGAUCGUCAGAGUGCCUUUGAUAGGGUUCUUGCUUCCAUUCCUUUUAAAGGCCAGGUUCUCAACGAGACAAGUCUGUGGUGGUUUGAGAGAACGAGGCACAUAGUUUCUAACGCAGUUGUAUCAGCUCGAGAUAAAAAUGUUAUAACAACAAAGAAAUGUUCAGUUUUCCCUGUGCAGUUUGUUUGUUAA